ACUUAGUUUAGUUGGCAAUAAUGAUCCGACUUGUGUUCCCUCUCCUGCUGGUGGCCCUUCCAUGGACGGUGUUUGGUGGCCCUGAUCCCCAGCCCCGCAUCAUUGGCGGCUCUUCCGUGGACAUUGAAGAUGCCCCCUACCAGGCGGCCAUAAUUGUGGACAACAGUGCAGUUUGCAGUGGUGCCAUCAUCAAAUCUGACACCAUUCUCACGGCAGCUUCUUGCGUAUACGAGUACUCCAUAGACUAUAUUCAAGUGCGCGUGAGCACCACAUCCCGGGACUACGAUGGGACUGGAGUCUUGCUUGACGUCUGCGGGAAAAUCACUCAUCCGCAAUACUCUUACUGGCGCUUCGACUUCAACCUGGCUCUGCUGACGCUGUGCGACCGACUCGAGACCUCAAAAACCAUCCAACCGAUCAGUGUGACGAAUAGUGUACCCCAGGAUGGAGCCUGGCUAUCCGUUUCCGGCUGGGGAUCAACCAGUUGGUGGGGCAGCUGGUGGGACAGGUGCUUUGGCAGUCUGCCGUCCCAACUGCAGAUGGCAUGGGUUACGGUUUACAACCGGGAGCAGUGCGCCAAGGAUCGGGCUGUUUGGUUUCAUCUCUGGGACAAUGGCAUCUCAGGUUACACCAUGUGCACCAAUUACGGCACCGGAGGAUGUUCCUACGACACCGGAGCACCCCUGGUGGAUGACGGAAAGCUCGUGGGCAUUCUCUCCGAGGGCGGUUGCACCACCAAACCCGACGUCUACGCAAGUGUGAUUUGGUUUCAGAGUUGGAUAGAUGCAAAUACCUCCCCGGAUACUCCUAGUUCCAGUACUAGUUCAAGUCCAAUUAGUUCUAGCUCUUCACCUACUUCUAGUUCUAGUUCUUCACCUACUUCUAGUUCUAGUUCUUCACCAACUUCUAGUUCUAGUUCUACUAGUACCAGCACUACACCUAGUUCCACAACUACUUCUGCAACUUACAGUACAAGUGUUUCUAGUUCUAGUAGUACUACAGCUAGUUUAGGUACUACUAGUACCAGUACUAUUCCUAGCUCUACCAGUACUGGCUCUACAACUAGUUCUUCAUCUACUAGUACUUCACCUAGUUCUACAACUAUUAGUACAUUACCUAGUUCUAGUUUAAGUACUGCAGGUCCUACAACUUCUAGUGAUACACCUAGUUCUAGUCCCACUGAUGCGAGUACUUAGUUACAGUUCUGCUUUUAUCAUAUAAUUCUAGAACAAUAACUAGUUUAAGUACUUUAAUCCGAAAACCUUAUUUAAGAACAUAAAUUUUUACUAAUUUUAAAUUAUUUACCAAAGCUAACGCUAGCAUUUUAUAAGUUAUGGGUAAGAUAUUAACAAAGAAGCUGUGACACCCGCUUUUAUAAUCUACCUUAGCUCGUUUUUUCCUUAUGUGCUGAGCUUUUUCUACACCGAAACCACAAUCCUGGGGCUGCACUCACAGUGUCCACGGCUGUGCUCAUGGAAAUGUCUCCUACAACAGCUCCUGGACAUUUGCAUUAUUCAUGCUGGUCAAGUCAAACAGGAGAGAAGUAACGUUGAGGG